CUAGCGUGUGCGUGCCGAGUCAUUUUUGUAGUUUAUUUUCCGUGCGAGUACCCUGGCGUAGAUACUGAAGUCGAGGAUUUCGAUGCCUCUAGCUAUAAUUGUAUAAGUGCUGUCCACGCAUCAGAAAUACAAUGAGCAAGCCGACAACAGCUGUCCUCAGGAAGCUCCAGGCAGUACUUGGCACUGCAGUGCUGGACGACAAGGGCAAAGAGGACUUGAUAUGCCGCAUACUAGAGGCGGCAAAGGUCUAUGGCUCGUCUGCAGCGGAGAAGACUACGGCAGAUCAGGAUGUUGAGGGGAUGUGUAUGGAGUGGUACUGGAUCCCAGGUCGCAUCGAACUGGUUGGUAAGCACACCGACUACUGUGGCGGCGAAUCCAUCGUCUUUCCUGUAAACCGAGGCUUCCUUUUUGCGGUCGUCAAGGUAUCACCAGGAGAUGACGACGGGAAUAAACCAGAGGCAGAGAACAAGAUGAAGAUGUCUAACCAGAAAAGUAGGAAAAUGACGGUUAUUCAUUGUCGUGAUGGCUCUCCUAGCCUAGGUGCCGGAGAACAGAAAAACGAGUGUUGGAGUUACGCCUGUGUUUCAAACAGUGAAGCUGACAGCAGCACUGCUUGUUCAGAGGAAGAAGAUGGAAAAAAUAUUAUUAGUACAGCUUCCAAACCUAAACCCGAGCAGUCUCCACCCGGCUGGAGCACCUACUUCCGUGCUACCUGGGACCGUUUACGAAUGAACUUUGGUAUGACAUUCACACCGCGCCGCAUCUAUUUCGCCUCCGACCUGCCAAAGGCGUCCGGUCUGAGCAGCUCCUCUGCACUCGUGGUAGCUGCGUUUGUGAUAGUGGAGCAGGAUGAGAUUUUUGCGAGCCAGGAGAAGCAGAACAAGAUUCUUUCGGACGUAGUUCGUUCAUGGAAUCCAGAAGACCUUGCAGCGUACUUGGGAUGCUGUGAGAAUGGCUCCGGCUUCUCGUGUUCAUCGAUGUCUUUGCCUGGGAGUCGCGGUGUCGGAACUUUUGGCGGGUCUGAAGAUCACGCGGGGAUUUUGAAUAUUGGUGGCCUGGCAGGGGGAUUGAGCCGGCUCUGUUUCAUGCCUGCGAAGGUGAUUGAUGCUAUCAAAUGGCCCGUAGAAACGUAUCACUUUGUAGUAGCAAGCUCGGGUGUGGAGGCACACAAAGGUGCAGGCUCAAUGGAACACUAUAACAACGCGGUUCUUAUAGCGCGGGAUGCGCUGGAAAGAAUCAAUGCUUAUUAUGAGGACAAUGUUGAUAAACGAAAAUUUGCCUCUCUGGGUUCUUUUCUAGCGAACGAAGGCGCAAAAAAAGCAAAGAAAGUUCUCCAAGAGAUCUAUGCUGAAGUAUCAACCGCCGUGCAGUGGCACGCGAACGCAGUACCCGGAGGAGCGACGACAGCGGAAACUACAAAAACUGCAUUCAUACAGUUUGGAAGAGUACAACAAUUUCUUGACGAAAUGGAGGUCAUCGAAGAACUCGCGAAACUGGUAAAAGAGCUAAACGAGAAAACAGCACCAGACCGAUCACAAGCUGUGAUUGAGAAGUUAGCCAGCUGUCUUCAAAAGUCGCAGGAAGGUUCAGAGAAGUAUCUGCUGAAUAUCAUUGAGGAGACGGCCUACUUACCUCGAUCAGCGUUGAAACUUGGUGCUAUUGUUAAGGCUGAUUUGUUUUCAGUCACUUUUACCUGAUGACAGUCCCCACCACAUCAACAUUUUGUUGCGCAUGCAAGUAUAACGUGAACGAGGAGAUCUACUUAGGGUCUCUUUUGGUCUAGUACCCAGGUGGGCGUGCGUAUGAGUAUGCCAAUAAGAUAUGUCAGGAUCCAACUGUACUAGUUGGGGGUUUUCGGCUUGUUUUCCUUGUGAGGACUCACCAGAUCUAAUACCGCCGCGAGCGCAUUUGGGGCAGGAUUUGGAGGGUCUGUCUACGCGAUUGUACCAGCUGACAGGUCGGAGAAUUUUCGCGGACUCUGGGAGAAAGACUAUAUCUCGAAUUUCCCACAACACGAAUCAAAUUCUUGUUUCUUUAUUGUCAAAGGGCCUGGUGCUGGUGCGCAGCGAAUAAUGUAAUGAUACGGUGUAGUACUAGUCUCUAUUUCUUCUACUUGGUACUUCUAUGAUUUUUCUAUGACACAGAGACAGAGAACUACCUCAGAGCCAGGGCGAAGAUGAAUCUGCAUCUUCGCAAUCGGUAGAAAAAAUGGUGAUGAAAAUGUUGAUGUUGUUCUACUACUUCCACAGUAAUUGUUGUAAGUAUAAAAUUAUGCACGACAAUCUCAAUGACAAGGUCGACAAUUUUGACGUCUCUGAGGACUCAGGCGACCUUCAACAGGGUCUUGAGUGGAUCCAGAACUAGAAGCUGACCACGCGAUCUCGAUCUCGAGCUCCUUCUUCAUCUGGCAUCAUGUUUCUGGCUUGUUGACGCGGUCUUGUGAAUUGCAUCUCCUAAUUCUUCAUGAGAAAGCUUAGCUCUGCUGGUUAUCGGGCUUUAUGUUUAUCUUCUUUAUCUUCUUGAUGUGGACGGUGCCUCUCUUGAAACUCUGCUGUGAAUUACGAAUAUAAG